AUGUCGGACUCGUAUCACAGUGUUGUUUUACCGCUGGCUCAAGAACCAUGGUUACUCGACACGUACAUGAACGCCAGUGGUCAUCUUCGCAUAGGUACGAUCCUGAUGGAUCUCGAUGCACUGGCCGGUGUCGUUGCGUACAAGCACACGGGAGACCAUGUGACGACUGUGACUGCAGCUUUCGACCGGAUCACGAUUGAGCAUCCCCUGACCGAAGUCUGCGAUCUCGAGUAUAGUGGGCAGGUCACGUAUGCUUCCGGCCGCAGUUCCAUGGAGAUUACUCUGCAGGUCGCCAAAGCUCCAUCCGCAGGCCAGAAACCCCGGCCAGAAGACAUCAUGAUGACAUGUCAGUGCACCAUGGUGAGCUUAGAUCCUGCCACCAAGAAACCUGUCAACAUCGCUCCCGUGAGAACCGAUACACCUGAGGAGAAACGGGUAUUUGCAGAGGGCGAAAAGAACGGACAGCGACGCAAAGAACUCGCGAAGCGUUCUCUCCUCAAGCAAACUCCCAACGACGAAGAGAGUGAUCUCAUUCAUGCCAUCUGGCAACGACAACUCCAAUACCAUGAUCCUGCAGAUCAUGCACGGAAGCCAGCCAAUGCGCAUUUUAUGGAUUCUACCCAAUUGCGAACUGCGAGUAUCAUGCAGCCACAAUACCGCAAUCGACAUCACUUCAUGAUCUUUGGUGGCUUCCUGCUGAAACAGACAUUCGAGAUUGCUUUCUGCUGUGCUGCCAGUUUCGCACACACGAGACCGACAUUCGUAUCUCUCGAUCCUUCCACCUUUCAGAACCCCGUCCCGGUCGGAAGCGUGCUAUACUUGACUGCUACGAUAGUGUAUACCGAUCCACCACUGAUAUCCGGACAAGCAGAGCAGCAGCCCACCACAGAAGGCCGCCCCGCGAACGCUCAAACGCGUGUCCAAGUGCGAGUAGACUCCAAAGUCCGCGACGUCGAACACGGCGUCGCAAAACCCACCGGACAAUUCAACUAUACCUUCCUUGUCGACAAAGACAUCAAAGUUCUCCCGAGAUCCUAUACCGAACAUAUGAUGUACAUUGACGCCCGUCGACGAGCUAUGAGCGUGCGGGAGAAGGUUCAACAGGGCGAUGCAGAUUCUGGGAGUUCGGAACGAAUUACUGAGUAA